AUGGCUGAGGCGGGAAAUGUUGCGUCGGGCCUCGGCCUCCCAGGAGAAGCCUCCCAGUGGCCUCUGAAGCGCUAUGGCCGCUUCAUGCUCUUGGACACCCGAGAGUCACCUGGGCCUAGCUCGGAAGGUGCUACAGCAUCCUCGCCCUCAUGGAAGGUGUUUGAAUCCAGUGAAGAAGCUGGGGCUCUCGUUCUCACCAUCGUUGUAUCGGGUCAUUUCUUCAUUUCCCAAGGACAGACACUCCUGGAAGGGUUUUCGCUCAUUGGCAGCAAGAGCUGGCUGAAGAUUGUAAGGCGCAUGGACUGUCUUCUGUUUGGAACAACGAUAAAGAGCAAGAGCCGCAUGUUUCGUGUGCAGUUCAGUGGAGAGUCGCAGGAAGAGGCGCUGGAGCGCUGCUGCAGCUGUGUGCAGACCCUGGCCCAGUAUGUCACCGUUCAGGCACCUGACAGCAUGGUCCAGCAGCUUCAGCAGAGCCCAGGCCCACUGGGGGCAGGAGAAAGCCAAGGGAAGGACCUACUGCAGCAGGGGGUGAGACCCCCAGGCCACUCACAUUCUAGCCAGCAGCAGGUGUGUGUGGCAGCUGGCACUGGCGCUCCGGAGGGAAGGACCUCAGUGAUGCAUUUAGCUCAGACUAUUCUGGCAUCGGAGAAGCUGCCCAGUGUCUAUGAACAAUCUUCAUGGGGAGCAGAAGAGUUGGGUCCCUUUCUACGCUUAUGCCUCAUGGAUCAAAACUUUCCAGCAUUUGUGGAAGAGGUGGAAAAGGAACUUAAAAAGAUCACACAGAGUUGAGAAACUAAAGCUCUGCACACAUAUGCAAUUAAGGAACUGAAGGUAUUUGA